AUAAUUUACACUCCUACCUCUCCUGAACAUAAAAAAAAAAAAAAAAGCAGUAAAAAUAUAUUCCAAAUGUACACUUGGAAAGCGUUGAUUUGGCAGAAAUUAAUUGAGACUAUAAAAAUAACGAAAUUUAAAUAUUUUUUCUUUCUUUUUCAACUUUAGAUAUAAAAAAAUGUCUUUCUUUAAGAAGCUUUUUUUCUUACUUGUGGCUAUUAAUACAGCCUUCCUCAGUUAUGAUUAUUAUCAAGGUGGUCAGAUUGGAUUUAAUUUAGUAGAGAACGCUAAACAGUUGAAUAAGGAAAAGCUUGCCAGUUACCUUGUCGAAAUCAAAUCCACAACACCCGAAAAGUUAGCAGGUCAUGUAAAUAACGCGUUUGCUCAACUUAAGAAUGUCAACUCUGCUACAGAUGUUCUCCAGCUUAUCCGUGAAAAGACCUCUGUUGGCGGUGGUGCUGGCUCAGGAAAGAACAGUGUCGAAUACGAAGGUAACGUUGUCAUCUUGACUGAUGGUAAUUUCAAGACUGUCAUGGAUGGUUCAAAGCCUGCUCUCGUUGAAUUCUAUGCUCCUUGGUGUGGUCACUGUAAGAACUUGGCACCUGUCUGGUCUCAAUUAGCUGAUGCCUUUUCUCAUCAAAAGGCCAAUGUUGUUGUUGCUAAAAUUGAUGCUGAUACUCACCGUGAGACUGGUACUUUGUUUGGUGUACAAGGCUUCCCUACUUUAAAAUGGUUCCCCCAAGGUGUUAACUCUCCUCAGGGUGUUGAAGACUAUAAAGGUGGCCGUGAUUUGACUUCUCUUGCCAACUUUAUCCGUGAAAAGACCGGUAUCUCUCCUCGUAUCAAGUCUCAAAAGUCUGACGUUGUUGAAUUAAACACCAAAAACUUUCACCAAGUCGCUUUAAACCCCAACAAGAACGUGAUUGUUGAGUUCUAUGCCUCAUGGUGUGGUCACUGUAAAACACUUGCUCCUAUCUGGGAAAAGGUUGCUAGUACCUUUGCCAAUGAGGAAAACUGUGUUGUUGCCAAAAUCGAUGCUGAUUUAGAAAGAGAUAUUGGUACUGAAUUCGAUAUUUCUGGUUUCCCUACCAUCAAGUUCUUCCCUGCAGGAGAAACUGAACCCGUUGCAUACGAAGGUGGUCGUUCGGAACAAGCUUUUGUUGAUUUCCUUAACAAGAAGUGUGGUACUCACCGUGUUGUUGGUGGUGGUUUAGAACCUGUUGCUGGACGUAUUCACAAGUUGGAUACCUUGGCUAUCCAAUUUAUUAAGGAUGCUGCUGCUCGUGAAAAGAUUCAAGCUGAAGCUGCUCAACAUGCCAAAGAAAUCGGUACCCGUUAUGCCAAUUACUAUGCUAAAAUCAUGGAAAAGGUCUCUCAACAUGGCGAGGAUUUCCUCAACACUGAAAAGGCCCGUCUUGCCAAAAUCGCAAACUCUGAUGAUGUUGCAACCUCCAAGUUGGAUGACUUUAAUAUUCGCAAGAACAUUUUAGCUGCCUUUGAUAAAAAGGCUACUCCUGUUGCUGAAACAACUGUGUAAACAAAUAUAAAAAUUUAAUAAAAAGCAGAAGAAAGCAG